CAAUGCUGAGCCAGGGGGUUCCCCUCCAUUCGUCCCAUCUAGCGCAACGUGCUAACUAACCUAACCUACCUCCAAAUAUCCGUUCUCGUUCCAUACCCAGCCUUUAAGUUAUCCCUCCACCCGCAGGUAUGUGUGUGCACCCAACACCUCCUACGUGGUAUGCAUCGUCAGGUACCUGCAGCAUUGCUUAUAGGCUAUACCUACCUAUACUUGUGAGCAUUGGUAUGAAGAACGGUAAGGGUGAGCGCCGUAUGUAGACGCGGACAUUUCCUCGGUGUCGGCCAGCCCGUAACGAGCUGAUGCUGGCUCCAGGGCGGGCGUUCGUUCAUACGCUUAGCUGCUGUACUAUAAAGGCCAUCGCUACGUCCCUCCUCUUACACACAUCGCACCGGCCAGAAAUAAUCAGAUCCACCCAGUCGGCAAAUUACCAGCCUACAUAUAUGUAUAUACACAUGAAAGCCUUGGCCCAUCAUCGUCACCCCUGGCGCCCUCAGAGGCACACCGUGCUGCAGCAUGUACAUACACAUCCAGAUCUGUAGGCGAGCGGGGAUUUAUGUAUAGUAUAUAUGAUAAUAUAUGAG